ACACCAAUUUCAAAGCCCCCUUAUUGUCUUUAUAUACACAUAUACACCAAUAUACAAAAUGUUUGGUGUCACCAAAUGGGCUCUGGCCCUUACUGCCGCCCUGAGCGCUGUUCAGCACGCCGUUGCUCGUCCUACAGAGCUGCACCCCGGAACUGCUAAAGAUCUAAUCAUAAACUUCAAGGAUACUAUCAAUGGAACCGCUGGUGCCAUCCAGCACGCUUCAAAUGAUGGCAACGGCACCGGCCCCCCCCUCAAAAUCACCGUAACCAACAACAUCGGAAACAAUGUGAACUGCUAUAUUACUGGCUCCGAAUCAAGCGACAGCAGCACCUUGACCCCUAUGAUUCUCCAGGCAGAUGGCACCUGGUACUACCCAGAUGGCGCUGGAAGCACUACUCCUCAGCCCAUCACCGCCAACAUUGCCAUUCCUUUGAACCCCAAGGGCCAAACCACCGACAUCACUAUUCCCGGCUAUAUCAAGUCUGCUCGUGUUUGGUUCGCUGUUGGAAACCUCCAAUUCUUUACUAACCUCGACGCCAACGGCGCCCCUCAAGUCACCCAACCGUCUGAGACUAACCCAAGCGACCCUAGUGCUGGCGUCAACUGGGGAUUCGUUGAAUUCAACUACGCAGCUGACUCCGGCGUCUAUGCUAACGUCAGCUACGUCGACUUUGUCGGUCUGCCUCUCGGCCUGUCCCUCACCAACUCCACCGGUGCAGUCCAAACCGCCCUCGGCCUCCCUGCUGACGCCGUGCCUAAGAUCUGCAACGAUCUCAGGAACCAAACCUCCGUCGACGGCAAGCCCUGGGACCAGCUCUGCCAGACCUUGAACGGCACCGUCAUCCGCGUUCUUUCCCCGAACUCCAUGGUCGCCGAAAACUCCAGUUUCGGCCUCUCGAACUACUUUGAUGACUACGUCAACCAGGUGUGGGAGAAAUACAGCAGCACCUCUCUCACCGUCAACACCCAGAACACUCCCGGAAAUGUCACCUGCAACGUCUCCGGCGACACGCUUCUCUGCGGUGGCGACAACAAGAACUACACCAAGCCCGCCAGCGCCGAUAUCUUCGGCUGUGCUAGCGGCCCGCUCAACGUGGAGCCAGCCACUGACAACGCAGUCCGCAAAGCCGUAGUGCCACGUCUCUGUGCUGCCUUUAACCGUGGUACCUAUUUGCUGGACGGCGGUGAUGUGCAGCCCUCUCUCGGCGCGCAGUCCUACUACACCACGAAGGUUGCUAACUGGUACUCGGAGAUUGUUCACAAGUACGAGGUUGACGGGAAGGGCUACGCCUUUUCUUACGAUGAUAUCAACCCGGAUAACAACGAGAACGCUUCUGGUGAGGUCUCCUCCAAGAACCCUUCGGUGCUCGCCAUCACUGUUGGUGGACCCAGCACUUAACUUUUUUCGCUUGUCAUUUGUUUCAUAGAAGAUGCCUGCCCUUGGGAAAGUACCUGUCAUUUCAAAGUUUGGUUUAUUAAGCAAGCAGCUGUCUUGAUUUUGGCUUUGUUCACUUCCGAUGUACAUAUGAUGAUUUCGUUAAUAUCUGGUACUUUCA